AUGGACAUGUCGGCGAUCGCCGCCCGCCUCGGCCUCUCCGGCUCCCGUCCCUUUGUGCGCAAGGCCGCCGAGCUCCGACGCCUCUGCGACAUCAACUUCGACUCCUCCGUCCUCGGCAUCGUGAGCAUCCCGCACCGCCCCUCGAAUCACCUCCUCUCCCUCGAUCUCUCCGUCGUACGUGUCUCUGAUGCUGGUUUCGCGCAGGGGGAGGUGUGCAAGGCCAUCAUCUGCCUUGAGGUCGCCGCGACCAAGUUUCAGGUGAUGUUUGAUCGGUCAGAGGCGGUGCAGAUGAGUGGGAUGUCGGAGAAGGCAUACAUCAGAUCGUUCAACGCGCUGCAAAAUGGCCUUGGUGUCAAGACGACAUUGGAUGUGCGUGAAUUGGGUAUCCAGUUCGGCUGUGUCAGGCUGAUACCUUUUGUGCAGAAGGGAUUGGUGCUGUACAAGGAGCGUUUCUUGGCUGCAUUGCCUCCUUCUCGGCGAUCAAGCACGGACUUUGGUCGGCCAAUGUUUACUGCAGCAGCAUUCUAUUUAUGUGCAAAGAGGCAUAAGCUCAAAGUUGACAAACUGAAGCUAAUUGACCUGUGUGGUACAUCUAGCUCUGGAUUUACAACGGUUUCGACAUCUAUGGGGGACCUUUGUUUUGAUGUUUUCGGGAUAGCCAAGGAGAAGAAGGAUCCAACCUCCAUCAAAGGAAAUAGAGAACUGCUGGAUGUUUUGCCUAGCAAAAGGAAACAUGAGGAUGAAUCAUCAGGGGAUGACAAUGAUGACAAGCUAGAUAAUGAAAAUUUGAAGCUCCAUGAUUCGCUACCAACCCACAAAAGGCACAAGAGGAUGGAGAAACAAGCUACAAUCAGUGGAAGUCUUCAGUUAUCUCCACCAACAAGCAAACCAAACCCGACCCUGCGAAGCCCAGGAAGCAAGCUCAGCUGA